CGCCGGUAGGGGGCUGUUGAAGCCGCCAAGUCCAGUCACACGGCGACACGGCUUAGUCAGCGCUCGGUCGGACCGGUGUGCUCUGGGCGCGCCGGUGGUGUGGCCGGCUGGGCGGCGCUUGGCUGUGACCAGCUCGCUCGCUCGCCUUGCCCUGGCCACCGCACUUUCGCAGUAACCCAGAUAUGUGCGCCGCCGUUGAUACCGCGGAGAAGCCCAAGGACGCGGAUGACACCGCCGGCAAUACCGGCGACGGGGCCAUGGUCACUAUCUGGUCAGAAGCGGCGCUGCUCUUCGACGACAGUGGUCAGCGGCAUGAGUUCGCGCCUCGCCCGGCGUCCAGGUCCAUGCCUGGACUGCGGGAACAGAGGAAAACCCGCCAGUACUGCGACGUCGCGUUCCAAGCGCCCGACGGUUCGGAGACCUGGGCACAUGGGUUCGUCAUGGCUGCCAAGUAUUCUGGCUGCUACGAGCUCUUCGUUCUUGCCAAGGAAGGCAUGAGCCCCGAACAGGAGUGGCCCUUGCCCAUCAGGGUGGGGGUGCAAGACCUGGAAAGCGAAAUGAUCGAGCUGCUUGUCGACUUCGCCUACCACAUUCCUCUGCACGAGCGCGUCGGCCUUCACAAUGUCGGCAAGGUGCUCGAGCUCGCCGAGAAGCUCAAGGUAAUCCGGUUACGGGAUCAUUGCCUCGGCGUCCUCAGGCGGAACCUUCAACCGGAAAACUGCAUCGAAAUUUAUCAUAUCACCUCGAGCCGCGGGCACCCGGACAUCGCUGGAGAAGCUUUCCGCUAUCUGAUUCGGAACUUCCGCGAGGUCUGGAAGAACAGCACCCAGUUCGGGGACCUAACACCAGAGGAGCUCCGUACCAUCCUGGAAGACGACAGACUGUGCGCUUCCAGCGAGGUAGAAGACACGUUCAGCGCCAUCCUCGAGUGGAUCUCCGCCGACGUGACCGAGAGAAAAGCCUACCUCCCCAAGUUGCUGCCGCUCGUGCGCUUUCCACAGUGUUCCGUCAUGGAGUUCGAGAAAGUCAUGACCCACCCACAAGUCCAGGGUGACGGAGACUGCCAGAAAGUGCUGAACGUGAUCUACCAGACGCUCACCCAGCGGCACAUGACGGUUGGCGCAGUAGGCGGUAUUGACCUGUCCCCAAAGAUGUGGACGCCCCGAGUGCCCAAGGACAUCCUGUUCGUUUUCGGCGGCUGGACACAGGGGGCUGUCAACCACAUGUACACAUACAACUGCCGCGCCAACAAGUGGCGAGCGAUGGGCAACCAGUACACCGCGCCCAGGGCGUACCACGGCGUCGCAGUGGUCGACCAGUGUAUCUACUUCGUCGGCGGCUUCAACGGCCGCGAGUGCUACCACUCGGUCAUCUGCUUCGACGUGUCUCUGGCCAGAUGGAGCUCCAAGUCGAACAUGUCGUGCGCACGCUGCUACGUCAGCGUCGCCGUUCUCCAGGGCUACAUCUACGCCAUGGGCGGCUUCGACGGUCGCACGCGCUUCAAGACGGUGGAGCGGUACGACAUCAAGAAGAAUCAGUGGUUCCCGGUGGCCGACAUGAACGACACCCGCAGCGACGCCGCCGCCGCCGUGGCACGCGGACGAAUCUACAUGGUGGGCGGCUUCACGGGUAUGGUGACAUUGGACACCGUGGAAUGUUACGACCCGUCAACCAAUGUCUGGACCCGGGUGCUCACCAUGGGCUCACCACGCAGUGGCCUCAAGGCAGUCACCCACAAGGACAUGAUAUACGUCAUGGGGGGAAGCAGCGGCUUUGUGCGACUUUCCUCCGUGGUGGCGUUGGACGUGAAACGAGCUCGCUUCACGGAGCUUCCGUCCAUGCCAGUGGCGAAGAGCAACUUCGCUGCAGUGGCUCUCGAAGGCCGCAUCUACACUAUCGGGGGAUUCAAUGGAGUGACGACCGUGUCGCGGGUGGACCGGUACGACAUCGAAAACAGCAAGUGGUAUCCGGCUCCCGAGCUCAGCUCGAACUGCAGUGCAGCCUCAGCUUGCGUCGUUUACGAUGUUGGCAACGUUGCGCCAUGGUUAUGAGCCAGCAGCGUUGCGCUCACCUGCGGAACGAAACUCCAGCGACCAGCUUCCCAUGCCGAUUCAAAUUAAAAACGUUUUCGUUGGA